GUGAUGCUGUCUGUCACGUGCUCGUCUGACGUCAGAAGGUCCUUGAAGAUAAGAGGAACUAGCAGGAUUCUAACAUUUAUGUUCCCAAGUGUUUGGCAGCAAUGGGCAUCAAAGGACUGCAGAGUUUUGUACAGAAUUCCUGUCUCAAUGUUUGUAGCAUGGUCAGCUUAAGGACUAUGGCCACACGGCACAAAUCUUCUUAUCCCGAUUGUGUUCCCACCAUUGUUGUCGAUGCAAUGGGCUGCCUGCGCUCCUGGUACACACCCAAUGCCUGGAUUCACGGAGGGCAGUGGAAGGAAUACCUCAUCAGCCUGCAGGACUUCAUUGCAGCUUUUCAGAACGCUGGAAUUCGAUUAGUGUUUGUUUUUGAUGGUGUUAUUGAACAAAAAAAACGAGCAGAAUGGGCCAGGCGGCGAAUGCGCGACAGUGUUGAAGUGACCAAAAUUUUUAAUCUUCUUAAGUCCAGUAGGCAGCAGCCUGGUCGCAAUAUGUUCUUUAUCCCAUCAGGAAUCGCCACCUUUACACGAUUUGCCUUAAAGUCUCUUGGUCAGGAAAUAAUUUGCUCACAAGUUGAAGGCGAUUAUGAGAUUGCAGAUUAUGCUCUCAAACACAACUGCCUUGGAAUUUUAGGGGAGGAUAGUGACUAUCUCAUCUUCAACACAGUCCCAUAUUUUUCGAUUAAUAACCUACACUUGGACAGGCUUGUCACUCUCAUGUAUUCGAGGGAAAGCUUCUGUGAAGAAUUGGGCCUUCGUCUAGCUGACCUGCCACUUCUUGCCUGUCUUCUUGGUAAUGACAACGUUCCAGAAAAUAUGGUGGAACAGUUUCACAGGAAAUGUGUUGACACCUAUCGUUCACUAAGCAAUGAACACAACAAGAGGGCCAAGGUCAUUAGGGCUGUGGCUACUUUUAUUUCUAAGAUACAAUUUCUGCCACACGGUCUCAAAGAGGUCGAGAAGAUGCUCCCUCCACGUUUUGAUAUGACUUUAUUGGAGAAAGGCAUGCAGUCAUAUGUUCUACCUCAACAAAGUUCUCCUUGGGUAUCCGCAACUUCCCAGCCCUAUCACAACUGCAGUGAUGAGUCAAGAACAAGCAUAUGUCAGGAUCAGGAGAUUGUACAGAUUGCAUUAAAGGAGCACUACAAAGGGGACAACGUCAUGAUCUGCAAUGUUCUUUGUCUUGGAGAAAGUGACUGUAGUAAUACAUUGGAAGAUGAACAUGACCCUCACAUCCCUUCUCAAGCCCUGGUCUAUAGAAUUGCCCGUCAGCAUAUUUAUGCCCUUCUGCUUGGCACUGGUAAUGAUACAUGUCCUUUGGUCCAUGAGUGGUAUGUACACAGUGGCAAUAUGCUGGAGAAACCAGAGCUUGUUCCAACAGUUCCACUCUCUAUACCAGGUGGAACGCCAACUGCUCGGGAGCUCUGGCUUUCUAAUGACCCUGAUAUUCAGAGACAGAGAUUCUAUACAUGCAUGGCAUGCUUCCAUGUGGAGAGAUGGACAGAGGGACUUAGAAGCCUGGACAGCAGGCUUGCUGCUACCUGUUGCUUGCUGAUAUAUCUGACAGUUCAGGUAGACAGUUUGACUCUGACAGAUGUAGAAGCAUUUCUCGCUCAAGCCUUGUGCCUUGCAGGGAAAUCUGGAUCACAGCUAAGUAGCUUGCAGCUUCCUUACGUGGAUUCCAGAGCUGUUCAUCUUGCUUUUGUCUUUCUUCGUGGACUGAUUACAUUGAUGGCUUGUAACAGUGCGUGUGGCUACCCCUUUGACAUGAUGACAUUGAUGCCGUGGAACACAUUUGACGGGAAGCUCUUUCAUCAGAAGUACCUGUUGUGUCAUGAACAUAGACCUGUGGAUGUGAUCUUGGAGAAAAGAGAGUCUUUAAUAACUGAGUUCAAGAAACUGAGGGCAAUAAUCACUGAAGCGUGUGCAGCACAGAAUAGGAUGUUGCAUCCUGGUCCAAAAAGAAGCGGUGGACCCUUACAAGAGGUGUCCAGUGGUUUAUUUGACAGAAAGGAUCAGUCUUAUUCUCAUCCUCAGUAUGGCCAUCAAAGUGAAAGAAAUGAGUGGCAUAAUGUUCUCCAUCAGCCAGCACCUAACGAAGGAAGGUAUUUUUCUUCAUACCAUGACCAUGAUCCAAAUCAGCAAGCAAGGCAUCAAGGACAGCGGUCCAUGAACCCUUCACAUAAAUAUGACAGCAGAGGAAAUAUGCACCAUUGGGGUCCUGAAUAUGACAGAUUCAAUCCAGGACAAAGAUCUAAGCGCAGAGGUCAGAGAAGAUGAGGACACCAUUUUUCUAACCAGUAAUUGCUAAAUUGUUUAGUCACAAAACUAACAGUUAUUGAAGAAGUACUGUAAAGUGUGUGUGUACAUAUGUGCUCAUCGUUUGUCACCUGCACACAUUAUUGGCCAGCCUCUUUGGACAAAACCAUUCUUUGCAAGCAAGAAACCAUACAUCUAUAUGCUCUAAAAAUUAUAGAUAUAUAUGCAUAGUACUACUACUGUAAUUUAUUAGUUAUACAUGGCCCUUGGAAGGAGGAACAGUCAUGAACCAUUCAUAGUGUUAAUUAGUAGUCUCUUUUAAACUGCCAAGCUACGGAAUAGAGCUAAAAUUAAGUUUUAUGAGACUUUAAUAGGUCAUCAGUAUCUGAUUGGUGGGGACCCUGCCGAUCAGCUGUUUGAGAAGACAUUGGCACUCGCAGUAGCGCCUUCGGCCUUCUCUCAGCUUUUCCUAUGCCAUGUGAUGACAAGUUCAGUCACAUAGCCUAGGCCCAGCUCAGCCCCAUAGAAGUAAAUGGAACUGAGCUGUGAUGCCAAGCGCAGCUGCUAUACAAUUUACGAAGCUGUGCUUGGUCAGCACGGAGAAGGACUUGGCACUCAAACAGCUGAUCGGCUGGAGUCCCGGGUGUUGCACCCCCACGAUCAGGUACUGAUAACCGAUCCAGAGGAUAGGUCAUCAGUAUUAAAGUCUCAGGAAGCCCUUUCAAGUUCAUUUAAUUGAGCACUGUUCUCUAGUUUACAUUUCGUCAACGUUUCUUUGCAGCCCCAGAAUUUAAUUGCAGUGUGGCUCUUGGACCAAAAAAGUUGCACUGCUGGGUGUCUUUAGAAACUGCCAGAUCUUCUCCAAGUACUUCAUAAAGCAAAUACUUGUUAUCAGAAUGUUCUAAUCAAAAUGUUUUAAAAAGUAUGAUAAUUGCUUUGUGUAUUUUAUGCAAUUAUCCUUAUAAUUAAUGCAAAGCAAUGAACAAUAGACAAUAAAUAUGCGACACAACACUUAUGAAGCCGCCCUUGCAGUUUACAUGACAAUCUUGUGAAUGCAUUGUUGAUGGCUCAAUACAUUUGCUUGUGCAAAAAUUAUACUAUGUAUCAGUGGAAAAUAAAAUGUCUGCU